UUAGAGUCGUCCGCGCUGGGCUGGGAGCCGAGCAGAGCCAAGCGGGACUGGCCAGGUGAAGCUGCACCCCGGCCCGGUGGACUGCAGCGCUCGGCAUCGCCGCGGGUAGAAUCGACUGCAACCCCUCGCGCCCCGGGACCACGUGCGCCGCCGCGUCUGCAGCUCGCAUGGGGACCCGGAGACUUUAAAGGAGUUUGGGGUUCGGGAGCGGGGAAGUCACGGAUCCCCGUUCCUGGCCCUCGCCUCGCCGCGUCAUUGAUGGGCAACCAACUGGACCGCAUCACCCACCUCAACUACAGUGAGCUGCCCACAGGGGACCCGUCAGGGAUCGAGAAGGACGAGCUGAGGGUCGGGGUCGCCUACUUCUUCUCGGAUGAGGAGGAGGACCUGGACGAACGCGGGCAGCCCGACAAGUUCGGCGUGAAGGCCACCGCCGGCUGCAGCCCCUGUCCAGAGAGCCCGGACCACCACCACCACCACCACCACCAUUUGCUGCACCAGCUGGUGCUCAACGAGACUCAGUUCUCCGCCUUCCGGGGCCAGGAAUGCAUCUUCUCCAAAGUGAGCGGCGGCCCGCAGGGCGCAGACCUGAGCGUCUACGCGGUCUCCGCGCUGCCCGCGCUCUGUGCGCCCGGCGACCUCCUGGAGCUGCUCUGGCUGCAGCCAGCGCCGGAGCCGGCGGCGCCCGCCCCGCACUGGGCCGUCUACGUGGGCGGCGGCCACAUUAUCCACCUGCACCAGGGCGAGAUCCGCCAGGACAGCUUGUACGAGGCGGGCGCGGCCAACGUGGGCCGCGUGGUGAAUAGCUGGUACCGCUACCGCCCGCUGGUGGCCGAGCUGGUGGUGCAGAACGCGUGCGGCCACUUGGGUCUCAAGCGCGAGGAGAUCUGCUGGACGAACUCGGAGAGCUUCGCCGCCUGGUGCCGCUUUGGCAAGCGUGAGUUCAAGGCCGGCGGGGAGGUGCAGGCAGGCACGCAGCCUCCGCAGCAGCAGUACUAUCUCAAAGUGCACCUGGGCGAGAACAAGGUGCACACUGCUCGCUUCCACAGCCUAGAAGACCUCAUCCGCGAGAAGCGCCGCAUAGAUGCCAGCGGCCGCCUGCGCGUGCUGCAGGAGUUCGCCGACUUCGUGCGCGACAAGGAGUAGCGGCCGGGGCCGCCCACCCCGCGCCCGGGACCUCUCCAUCUCGUGGCCGCGGCGUCUGCGCCCCACCUCACGCGCGCCCUGAGCCGCCAGAGGUCAACGCUGGGGCUGCAGCCUAGCACCUGACUUCUUGAGGCAGGAGGACAGCAGACUGAGCCUGGGACGGGGGCGCAGCUGCGCGCUCGGGCUGGUGAUGUAAGAGCGCAAGGGCAAAGGGGAGCGAGGAGGGGGUCAGGGCGAGACUUUCCCCGCGAGCCAAUGGUCAGCGACCUUCAUGCCCUGGGAAAACCCCCUUUCCUAACAAGGGGCCCGUCAUCGCCCCGAAGUGUGCGCACACAAGCCAGGCCUGGGGAUGGUGAGAAUUGUCUCUGCAGGGCGCACCUCGGCUCUGGGGUAGAUAUAUCCCCGGGUAGCAAGAUUUCCAAGAUAUCCGGCCUGCCUGUCCUUGGUGCCCUUGUCAAUAGUUCCACGAGGCCUCACGGAAGCACCCUGAGUGCCCCGUGGCUGUCUGGGACUCCUGGGCUCCGCUCUUCCAGCCCCAGGUCCCCUAACUUGUACUCCAGUCUCUGGGCGAAGCUAGGUAGAUUUUGCUUCCUGUGUUUGCGACCAGGAAGCUCACAUCACCCCCACCCGCGCUUGCCCUUGCGACUCCCAGUGGCAGAGGUCGUGGUCGCUGUCUGGGUUGCGCGAGGAAAAUGCUCAACUGCUGGGAGAAGAGGGCAGCUCUGCCCUGGAAGCCCGGCUUCACCCAGUGUCUAAGAGCAGAACCCAGGGCUCCUUGUGCUGAACCCUUCCUUGAUUGCCCUUCCUGGAGCCACAUUUCAAAAAUAGUCAUACUUCCAACUGGGCUGAGGAGGGGGAGGGGAGGUGCGGUGACGUUCCAGGCACCAGCGUCAGGGCAGCAGCAGCAGCCCAGCAGCACGAGCCAGUCUGCUUAGUUUGGCUUUUCCUGAGGUAGAAACCUUAGCACACGGACGUGGCAAUUCAGUUUCAAACAUGAGAGCGGAGAUUUCCAGCUAUGUCAACAAAGCCUAUCGUGUUGAUGUUUUUAUUGACCAUUUUAGCAACAUGCUAAUAAAAUUUCAAAUUGAAAUUUUUAUUUUCAUGGCUUUACUCCAUGAUAGUUUAAAUACUGGGGGCCAUUAAGAGUGGAUGUAGCUAAGAGCUUAGCUAACAUUGCCUUUUUCACUCUGUUUUUCUAAAAUCUUGUGAGAAUUCUGUUUUUUUGAAUAUCGUAAUUUUUUUCUCUUUCUUUUUUUCUUUUUUUUUUUUUUUUUUUUUUUUUUUUUUUUUUUUUUUUUUUUUUUGCUUUAAAUAGUAGCCCAAGUAAUGGUGGAGUUAUUGGUGCGUACAUUGUACUGGAUUUCUGUCAGGUAAAGGGUUUAUUGAUUUGGUGGAAGUUGCUGGCAGGUUUGAUGUGGAUUUUUCUCCAUGUGGUACAUGAUUACCAUUUCACAUUUGCAUUUCUAUCCCCCCGCCCCCCAUCUCCUUAAGAAAGGAUCCACACUUCCUGGCUUUAUCCACUCUUCUUUAGCCAGUCCUCAAAUUCAUUCCCUAAGACUGGGAAAAAACUUACAGGAUCAGGACAGAUACAUGUUUUUCAAAAGACUUCAGGUUGUGUGGAACCCUUUCCAUGGGAAGGAGGACAGACUUCUGGCACGCAGCCCAGCCUGACUGAGGCUGUGGGACUCCACAUGUUACAUACCUGAUAGCAUCUGUGUCUCUUUCCAGGGAACUUGUCAAACAGUGGUGUUUAGCUAAUUGUUGCAAACAGUUGUAUAUUGACAGCUAUGAUUAGCUGGACAGCAAAUUUUGUGGCCAAAGCUAAUGUAUUGGCAUUUCAAAACUAAUGCAAUAAAAACUAGUCAAGGUUAGCUAAGACUGGAAAUGCCUUCUCCAUGAUAAAUGAUUCAUUUUUCAUCUGCUUUUUAUUUUUAUUUCCUUUUAGUUUUCAUCCUGGAUUCCCUGAUCUUGAAUCAAAGGGUCAGAUCAAUUAAAUAUGAGGUAGAGUAUUUUUCUUAAGCCUACUGAGUGAUUUAUUUUUUAAAAAUGUUUAAAUGCAUAUGUUUUUCUUUGAGCACAUAAAGCAAACUUUUGUAAUAACUGAUUUACCUUUGCAUGUAUGCAGAACUGAAAAUCAUUUAUUUCCUUAACUUAUUCUUCUCUCCAAUAACAGAUGGCAAAUCAUAAAAUGAAAUUCUUUACUGUAUCCACACACACCAUGCUCUUCAUUGUGUCUCCUGAUGUAUCUCGGCUCCCUGCUGUAUUAAACAUCAUCCUAAGCA